AUGACUAUUAAGGUUGUUGGAUUUGAAGUUUCAAUAUCUGUCCUCUCUGUUAUUGCUGAAAAAAUCUCUGUCCUUUAUAAUGGUGAUUUUAAAUUUACCGAAACUAGUGCAAUUUGUUGUUACCUAGUAUCUAAAUACCAAAGAAAACAUAGUAACAAAAUCUUGAUGCCUCACGAUAUUCAUGAAGUUGCAUUAGUUAAUCAAUUCAUUUCUUAUAAAUCGUUUUACUAUGAACCACUGAUAAGAACAAUUGUAUUUCAAGAAGUAUUCCAAAGAAUUCCAGAAAAUCCAGAAUUAAUUAAGCAGUUUCGUAAAGAGAUUGAUAAAGUUUUAGAAGUUUAUGACAAGCUUUUAGAAGGAAAAGAAUAUUUAGCUAGCAAAUUUCUUUAG